AUGGAGUGUGAGUGGCUGCUUCGGACCAUUUAUAUCACAACCGCUACCGCAUGCUUAGUAAGGGUUUCCAUCACAUAUAGCUGUCCCUCUCACGCAUUCCGUGCGGCGACGGUAGAGCUGGAAUCGUGUCUUGCAGUACCAAGAUCUUACGGUAUUGGCCCAUGCUUACGUAAUGCUAGCAGGCAAUAAGCUACCAUUGCCCCUACUCUGAUUCACCAUCGAAAUCAUGAAUAUAAACCUGAAAAUAUGGUUGUUUACAAACAGUAGGAUAAUCAAAUACCAAUAUGACUGUGGUUUCUUGUCUGGCUGCAAGCCGUAAGUCGAUAGUUUCAGGGAAGGCGCAGCCAGCCAGCCAGACUGGCGCGCUGGAGCCGCCCCAGCGUCUAAAUAUAUAAGACGCGGUCCGUCACAAACCAAAACGCGCCAAUCCUGAUCCCACAUCACACCCAAUCCAACAUGAUGUCUGGAUGGAAAUUGACAAAGAAACUCAAAGAGUCACACCCGUUUUCGCGGUCCAAGUCGCCGACACCGGAUUCCGAUGCGAAAAAGAGGCACUCGCACACCUUGACCAAGGGCUCUGAGGAGUCGGCACCAGAGUCGGUACCAGAAUCUGCAAAGCCGUACGAGGGCCGCAAAACGUUGACGAAACAAGAUACCUCCUCCACCAGUGACCUCGCGUCUGGUGUGAGCAACUUGGACGUGUCCACUGUUAACGAGCAAGGGGAGGACAUUCCCGAGGUGGCACAGUCGCAGGGUGCGGCAGAGCUCAUUGAGCGGGUCUCUCCCGGGCUUUUGACCAUCAAGGUGUACCUGGGAUCAAACGUGGUGUUGCCCGUGGGUAUCAACAACAAUCUUCCGGUGUUGCACAAACUCGCAGAGAACGCGAUGAACGUGGACACGCAGAGCCUCUCGAACAACUUGCUCCGCGCGGCGGAUGCGGGGGAUGUGUUGACACCGGAAGCCGCGGCGCGCGUGCUCCCGUCGUUGAUCGCGAUCCCCGACACCGUCAACUUGAAGAAGGCAUUGGUGUACCUCACGGUGGAGUUUGAGAACACGGUGGCGAUCAUCGACUCCCAAGGCGGUUUGUUCGAGGCGCCCAACUUCAGCACCGUCAGCUCGUUCGAUGUGAGCCGUUCGUCGGCGUUGACGGUCAACUUGUUUGCACGGUUGCCGUCGGUGUUGCUUGUGGGCGAGGCGGCGCUGCAGAAUGGGCUUCUCAUCGGGACCAGCCGCGUGCCGUUGAACCUUGGCAUCAACUCCGCCAAAACGCUCCGCUUGUUGAACCACCAGCACAUCAAGUUGGACCGUGAGGGCGUGCCUGUGGCGGAGGUGUGUCUUUCGGUGGACUUCAAGCCCACGCAUAACAAGCCCAUCACCAUCGACGACUUUGACUUGUUGAAGGUGAUCGGUAAGGGCAGCUUCGGCAAGGUGAUGCAGGUGCGCAAGAAAGACACGGCCAAGAUCUACGCGUUGAAGACGCUCCGCAAGUCGCACAUCGUGACGCGGCGCGAAGUCACGCACACGUUGGCCGAGCGCACGGUGCUCGCGCGCGUCAACAACGCGUUCAUCGUGCCGUUAAAGUUCACGUUUCAGAGCCCGGAGAAGUUGUACCUCGUGUUGGCAUUCAUCAACGGUGGCGAGCUCUUCCACCACCUCCAGAAGGAGGGCCGCUUCACGCUCUCGCGGCUGCGCUUCUACAUCGCCGAGUUGUUGUCAGCAUUGGAGUGUCUUCAUGACUUGAACGUGAUCUACCGCGAUUUAAAGCCCGAAAACAUCCUCAUUGACCACGAGGGCCAUGUCGCGUUGUGCGACUUUGGCUUGUGCAAGUUGGACAUGGCCUUGCAAGCCCGGACCAGCACUUUCUGCGGCACGCCCGAGUACCUUGCGCCCGAGUUGUUGUUGAACCAAGGCUAUACGCGCGUGGUUGACUGGUGGACCUUGGGCGUGUUGUUGUACGAGAUGUUGACCGGUCUCCCGCCAUACUACGAUGAGGACAACGAUAUCAUGUACAAGAAGAUCCUCAACGACCCGUUACGCUUCCCUUCCUUUGUCGACAAGGAUGCCAAGGACUUGUUGACGCAGCUCUUGAACCGCGACCCCAAGAAGCGUUUAGGCUGUAAUGGCUCCAUGGAGAUCAGGAGCCACCCCUUCUUCAAAAAUAUCGACUGGGUCAAGUUAAACAACAAGGCCUACGAGCCGCCUUUUAAGCCGGGCGUGCAUGACUCCAUGGACACCUCCAACUUCGAGGAGGAGUUUACUAACGAACGCCCCAUGGAUAGUGUCGUCGAUGACUUCUUGAGCGAGUCCGUUCAGAAGCAGUUUGGCGGCUGGACCUACACCGGGAGCGAGCGCUUGGGUGAGUCCGCGCAGUAAUUUAAUUUAUGGCCUGAUCUGACUGUAGACGGGGUAACAGUUUCUAAUUAGUAUCUGGUAGGGCAGAUAUGGAAUCAAUUUAUACAUACUUCCAAGAGUCUUGGAAAUUACUUAGUGCUGUUAAUGGUGGAAACUAAUCAAAUCUUUACAUAGUGUUUAUCUAGGGCUGUGAAUACCAU